UCAAUACUAAAAUGAAGAUGUUAAUGAUUUUGUUGAUAUUGAUUUCCUUCUUACAAUCAUGCGUAGGAUCAUUUGAUUAUUACAUGUUAUCGGAAACAUGGCCACCAGGUUACUGUCAGAAUAAUCGCUGUGAUCUUACUAAACCGAAACUUUCAAAAUUCAGUAUCCAUGGCCUAUGGCCUCAACAGAACACCAGACCUACUGUUGAUCCAUCUCCUUGCCAAACAACUAAGUUACCAAAGAACAACCUUGAUUGGCCAUCUUUAACCUACACGGGUAACAGAGCCUUUUGGCAAGCUGAGUGGGAUAAACACGGCUCUUGCUCCUUGUUGAAACCAAUUGAAUACUUCACACUCACAAUAGAUCUUUAUCAUAGAGCUAAUAUCAAAGAGAUACUUCGAAAAAAAGGUAUAAUAUCUCAUGUAGGUGAUGUUAAGCGCUAUACCAAAAAAGAAAUUGAAGGACGCUAUAGAGUCGCAUCCUGACAUUUGAGCUAAAUCUCAACUCUUCAGAAGGUGGUUGUCUUAUCAAAGUGGAAAGCAACACUUCAGAAGGUGGUUAUCUUAUCAACCACUGAAGCGGAAUAUAUCGCCCUCACUGAAGCGGUAAAAUAAGCAUUAUGACUUGAAAUUUUUGUUAAGGAGCUGGAAUUUCAAGAUCGAGUUAUCACUCUUAAAUAUGAUAGUCAAAGUGUUAUACACUUGUCAAAGAAUUCAGCAUAUCAUGAGCGAAUCAAACACAUUGAUGUCAGACUGCAUUUCGUACGAGGGGUAAUCGAGCGUGGAGAAGUCCAAGUAUUGAAGGUUUCGACAUAUCAAAAUGCUGCCGAUAUGAUCACCAAGAUAUUACCAAGUUGCAAGUUUUUCCACUGUAUGCGUUGAUAAAGCUGCAUGAAGAAAGUUAAUUUGUUCCCUUUAUGUUAUAGAGUUUGUUCUAAGGUGGAGAUUUGUGAGAUAUUGGAUUGAACUCUAGUAUGGUCGAAGGGUAACUUCUUGAUUCGAUAAUUCGACACGACCUUAGCAUGUUAUCAAAGUUUGUUCACAUGUUGUAUUUGAAAUAUGAUAUGAUUAUUAGCAUGUCAAAUUGGACAUGUUUGU